AUGCAACAGUCGCCAUCGUCAAAUAUUUCUUUUCAUGAUUCUGUUUAUUCAUCAUCGUCAUUGCAUUUCUCAUCCUGUUCAUAUUCAAAUGAAUCAUUUUAUAUUCCAUCUCAUUCAUAUCCAUCAUCUUAUCCAAUUUAUCAAUCAUGCAUGAAUGGUAUUCCUUAUCAAUCAAAUAAUGUUUGCUAUCUUUCCUCCAUUGAAAAUUCUCAAAUAAAACAUCGACAAGAACAACAUUCAAACAGAUCAUCUUCUUUGAUCUUUUCUGCACGUAAACGAAUUAGUGAUGAAGCAAUCGAACGUCUCAAUGCUUUCUAUGCAAUAAACAAGCGUCCAACAGAUGCUGAGAAAGAUCAUCUAGCUAUACAAUGUAAUAUAACAUUAGCACAAGUUAGCACAUGGUUUAACAAUGCGCGUUCACGUCGUGGUCAUACACGUACAAAAUUAACAGAAAAAUUACUUAAAAAACAAAUAGAUUUAUUAAAUAAUCAAAUCAUUUUACUUCAACAAGAGCAACAAUGUUCUUUUUAA